CCGUAAAUAUCUUAAGCGCUUAGAUUUUAGUUUUUUUUUUGAGUCAAACUGGACAUACACAAAUAAGCACGUGUCUAUAUCACUCUUCUGCUAGACCUACCUAACCUAACGUAUUCAUCCUCUGCAAGCAUCUUUACUUUUAUGUUUCCUAUUUCUCGACCUUUUUUUUUCUCUCUAAUUCCUUCUACUACAUUCUUCUCUUUUCUACCUCUCAAGCCUUAUGCUAUAAAUCAUCCUGAUUAUCCUGCAUUUCAUACUGAAAGGAUGCAUGGGUCUCCUAUCGGUGUGUCCAAGAACAAAUGUUUUUUUGUUUUUUUGUUUUUUUUUUUUUCUUCGGGACUUCAUUUUCAAGAUGUGGGAUGUUUGAAUUCGGCGGCUCCUCAAACAACUCAGGUUCAACAGCCAAUGUAAGCCCGAGCGUAGUCUCGGGCAAUGAGCUUACGGGUUCCAAGAGCUACAGCAUCCUGUCUUCGCGGCGUGUAUCUUGCAUUUUUCAUUGCUACUAUACCCGCAGAUAUGUCGGCGUCUUCUUCUUGUCCCGUACCACGUCCCUCCAAAUCCGCAAAUACUGUCCAAUACGGAUUAUGAAAUUUUGUUGACGGUCCAACUCAUCCACUUGCCUGUUACUCCAUGUCAGACAUCUCCUCUCGUAUGAAGCUAGGACUAUUCGAUGAGCAGGAUUGGGAAGAAAAGAAUAAGACAGUGGGAUUAUACGGCCGGCUUCGAAAAUCAGUGCUAAACCCGUAUUCAAUCACCAACGAUCGAUGUGCAUCAAUCACCAAGUACCCAGUUUUGAACGACUAAUAUAACAGAUGACUAUCACGACUAACCCUAUCAAAGAUGCUGUCUUAACUGCAGUAUUCUCACAGGUCCACGAUAAAUCCUUCCGUCAACCUCUUUUUAUUCCGCGGCAAUGCUACCAUGCCUACAGCUCAUCAUUUCAAGCAACGAAUAGGCGUAGUCGCAUAUCUCCUGGCACGCACUUCGCAUAGGGAGACGUAGGUAGUCUACCAUAUUUGCGGCGUAUGCGUGCGGCGUAGGUCAUUCACAUGGAGGCGCAAGGACAUUUUUUUCUC